CAACAUGAUUUCAGGUCGACAAGAUCUCAUUUUCGGCAGCAUCGGUGGUCAGGGUUGGGUUGGAUUUUAGACACAGGCUAACAGAGAGAAUGAAUUCGAGUUUGAAGGGCAGAAGGAAAACUUGUGCAAGAAGUUUGUUGGCUCUUUAAACUGAAACAAAAGAAACAAAGAAAAUCAGAGUCCAAAGGACAGAAGCAAAUUUAGAGAGAAUGUCGCAAGCACCACCACCACAACAACAACAUGAACAGCCACAACAACAAGAUGACAUUUUGAAAUUGGUGACAGCGCUGGAGACUGCAUUGCUGCCAUGCCUGCCUGCCAGAGAGCUCCAAGCUAUUGACCGCUCUGCUCAUCCUUCUCAUCAGAUUGAUGUAGAGAGGCAUGCAAGGGACUUCAUGGAAGCAGCAAAAAAGCUUCAACUUUUCUUUAUUCGACUUCAACAUCAAAGUCAACCUAGCAAAGAGGAGGCAUUGAAAAAGGAAAUUUCAGCUUUGGAGGAAGAGCUGAAAGCUAAAGAUGAGUUAAUUCAAAGGCAAGAAAAACUAAUCCGAGGAUGGAAAGAGCUUUUAAUGAAUCAACGAGCUGCUAAUGUGACAGAGUUAGAGAGAGUGUAGAAAUAUGUUUUGAUGUGUUGAGGGAAAAGAGUCAUCUGCACAAGUCUUUGAGGGUGAUUGUUUUAAUUUUUCUUUUUUUGUCAUACCUUAAAUAUGCCACCAUAUUGAGAAAUCAAAAUGUAUUUAAUUAAAUCGCUGUAUAGAACUUUUCAAACAUGACAUCUCUGCAUGUGAAACUUGAGAUCUAAUCUAAAAGGGAUCCACAUUGAGGGUUA